UUUCUCUCACAUUUUAUUUCUAGCCGUUGGCGCCUCUCUCUCUCUCUCUCUCUCUCUCUCUCUACGUUUUCUACAACAAUGGCGAGCUCAGAACUCCCCGUUUCGCAUUCCGAUUCGUUAUGCGCUACCGCCGCCGUGCUCGAUGCGGUUGCCGCUUCAUCUUCUUCUCUGAAGCGGAAGAGACCCCCGAUGAUUGCAAUCCCGAACGUCCUGCAAGAAAUUAAAACCGAGAAGCUCCGGGAUUUCACCCCUCAGAACGGCGCCGUCUGCUUCAACGGGAUUGGAGUUGGGGUCUCCGCCUCCAAAGGCAAGAAGAAGUUUAUGGAAGAUACCCACAAGAUUGUUUCUUGCUUACAGGGACAGAAGUCAAAGAAAGCGUUUUUUGGGGUGUAUGACGGGCAUGGUGGGAAGAGGGCCGCAGACUUUGUUGCUGAGAAUUUGCACAAUAAUAUUGUCGAAAUGAUGGAAAUGCAUACGGAAACUGAAGAGGCAGUUAAAGCUGGGUAUCUGAAGACAGACCAGGAGUUCUUGGAACAGGGCUUAGGCAGCGGAACCUGCUGUGUCACAGCCUUAAUCGAAGGGCAGGAGGUUGUUAUUUCAAACUUGGGAGAUUGCCGGGCAGUUCUUUGUAGAGGUGGAGUGGCGGAAGCUCUUACAAAGGAUCAUAAGGCAGAACAGGAGGACGAACGCAACAGAAUAGAGCAUGAGGGAGGUUAUGUAGAGUUCCACCGAGGAGCAUGGAGAGUUCACGGGGUUCUUUCUGUUUCUAGAAGCAUUGGAGAUGCUCAUCUGAAAAACUGGGUGGUGGCCGAGCCUGAAACAAAGAUCCUGCAGCUGACUCCAGAUAUGGAAUUUCUUGUAUUGGCUUCGGAUGGACUAUGGGGAGAGGUUGACAACCAAGAAGCCAUCGAUACUGUGAAACGAUUAUGUUCAAUUCAGAAGAAAUCGGCACCCUCAGGAGAUCUUCUGAAUGACGAUGACUAUGGCUGUGUCAGUGUGAGCCCUUCAUCAAAGUUGCGAAGGAUUUCGCUGGUUAAGCAAGUAAAAGGGAUGCAAUCCCCAGGCUUUAAGAAGGCGGUCAAUAGCUGGCAAGGUAGUGAGAAUGACCUUGCAAGUGAAAAUGAAAGCCCUCCAUCAAAGGCAAGAAGAAUAUCCUUAGUAAAGCGAUUAAACACAAAGAUGGAAUCACCCAUAAAGCGAGUAAGCACGAAGAUUCAACCUACCUCUUCGGGUGGACUGGUGGCUGCUUGUAAGGAGCUUGUGAGACUUGCCACGAGUAGGGGUAGUUUGGAUGACAUCACUGUGAUGAUAAUUGAUCUCAAUCACUUCAGAUGCAACAUAACCAUGCAUGAUUCAAUUGGAAUUCCGCCCUGCUUCUCAGCCGGCACUCAUCCCACCCCAGCCGGCGAGAUCAGGUCGGGGCAGAGCAUGUUCAUGUCAGUGUACAGCACGAAGAUAGCCGGCCAGUGUCGGCUGAUCACCGUCAACUGGUGCAAGAAUCUGUUACUCCACGGCCUCUCUGUUUCGGUGCAAGGCCAAAACAGAGACGAAGAGUGUCGAUGCAAAAUCGAGCUCAAGCCGUGGUACUUCUGGCGCAAGCAAGGCUCCAAGCAAUUCACGGUGGACGGCAGCGCCGUGGAUGUCGUCUGGGACCUCAAAGCCGCGAAAUUCAACGGCGAAACGGAGCCACAAUCGGACUACUACGUCGCCAUUGUCUGCGAAGACGAGGUGGUUUUGCUCGUUGGUGAUCAGAAGAAAGCCGCAUUCAGAAAAACUGCCUGCCGGCCGUCGCUCAUCGAACCGAUCUUGGUUUCGAUGAGGGAGCAUUUGUUCGGGAAGAGGAAGUUUUCGACACGAAUCAAGUUUCACGAGAAGGAGAAUUUCCAUGAGAUUUUGAUCGAGUGCAGCAACGGCUCAGAUGGGUCUGAUCCGGAGUUGGAGAUAAAGAUUGAUGGGAUCCAGGCCGUUCGUGUGAAGCGUCUUCAUUGGAAGUUCAGAGGGAAUGAUUGCGUUGAUGUGAACAGAAACAGAGUUGAAGUUUUUUGGGAUGUUCAUGACUGGCUGUUUUGCUCUGGUCCGAGGCACGGACUGUUCAUAUUUACGCUGGUUUCGGCGGAGCCUACGGCGGAGAAACCGUCGCUUUCGACCGUUGACCAAUCUUUGACUGAAAAGGUAUGUUUGUUGGAUUUGUGACCAAGUGGACAACAAGCCAAAAUACCUUUCGGCUAAUAAAAUAGAAUAAGGAAAAGGGGGACAUCAUUAUGAUGUCUAGCCCUUGAUUUGUGGCUUUUACAAAGGCAAAGAAUAUGUGGCAAUUAUGGUUUUGUUCCUUUUGUUUAUUAU